AUGUCAAAAGAUUCGGAUAUCGAAACCAAAACAAGCGUCAGUACAAACAGCAGCACAACCUUUACAGCCGUCUCGCUCCCUUCGUCACUUGAGUCUGAGUUAGCAAAACUAGAUUUUGACGAACGGUUGAAUAGAUAUGUUAAGGAACUAGGCGAAUCUUAUCCUUCUGACACGGUGUCGAACACCAAAGCAACGACGCUACGAAAAAAUGCCAUAGAUGCCGUACUAUCUAAUAUCAAACAAUCGAUGAUGAUCGACCUUUGUUUCGUUUUAGACUGCACUGGUUCUAUGAAGUCACACAUUGCUGCUGCUAAGGACAGCAUUUUGCAAGUGGCAAAACACAUCCAACAGACAAAUCCCGGUUUUAAUACGCAAUUCGGUUUUUGUGGCUAUCGUGAUUUUUGUAAUGGAGACCAAAGGUUACAACUCUUUGAUUUUAGUAAUUCUUAUAAAAAAUUUACCGAAUACGUGUCUGCAGUACAGUCAAUUUCAAAUAAAGAUGGUGCAGAAGACGUUUUCGGUGGUCUCAAUGCAGCCGUAAACGAAAUGAGUUGGCGAAAUGGCACUCGCAUCAUUCUUCACAUUG